CGCCAUGUGCAACUUUGAAAAUGGCGGAGGUCAAUGCCAAAUUCAUUUCACAAAAAAUCAGUAAAAUUCGUUGGCGCCCGACAUCACAGAAAGGUUUAGAACAGUCAGAUACAUUUGUUACAGGUAGUUGGGAUAAUGGGGCUGCAAAUAAAGUGUGUUUAUGGACCCAAGCAGAAGGAGAAAAGGAACAGUUAAAUUUCUCUGUGUCCAGACAGCAGCCACCAGAGUCGGGGCCUAGAUUGCUGUGUGAGGUACUUCACUGUGGGGACGUCACAGACAUACAGUUUUUUAAUCAUGAAAAUAUACUCGUAGCCUCAUCAACAGGACAAGUCAACUUAUACAAGCAUUUUAAAAAUUCACAGACCCUGGGUGUUGCCCAGAGCUGGCAUGUCCACAAGAACAAGCAGAGUCCCUGUCCCUGCACCAGUGUGGCAUGUAGAGGACAGGAUGUGGUCACUGCAGGGGAGGAUGGCAGGUUGAAUAUUCUGGCCAUUGGUCAACAGGCACCUGUAAGGUCCAUUGAAAAAGCUGACAGCUGCUCAAUCAAUGGUGUGAACUACUAUAAACACUAUGAAGUGAUCACAGUGAACUCCAGUGGGCAGCUCAAAGUUUAUGACCUAAGACAACCUGAAGAUGAACCUAGCAGAAUCUUUCUUUUAACUGGAGAAAGAAUACCAUUGCACUGUGUGGAUACUCAUCCUAGUCAGCCUCAUAUAGUGGCCACCGGGGGGCAGGACGGGGUGCUGUGUAUAUGGGACAUGAGACAGGAGAAAUUCCCUGUCACACUGCUAGAUGCACAUGCUGCAGACAUGUGGGAGGUCAAAUUUCACCCAAGAUACCCUGAUAAUUUAUUUACUUGUUCUGAAGAUGGCACAGUCUGGCACUGGGAUGUGACCAGUGUCAGCCAUACCAGGACUCCAGCACAGUCACAAGGCACACCUGGUAGUGUACAAUCAAGAACAGUUCAUCAUCUCCCAGCCACAACACAACCCAAGCCUUCAGGUUCCAAUCCCUGGCUAACAAUUGAUGCCUCAAAACAUAGGAUAGAAGUGACUAAUUUAAUGCAUGGCUCUAACUUUUUGCCAAUCAACACAUUGGACAUUGAAUCAAAUACCGUUAUAUGUGGUGGUGACAGUGAGGCAAUAUAUGUGAUACCAAAUUUGGUGAUUAGGUAGCAUUAAAUGAAUUAACAGUUUGUAUCUAAAACAUGGAGAUCUCUGUCUGCCUUGUUUCUGCAGUUAAGGCCCAUUAUUCCAUCAGAGGAAAUAUUAUUGCAAAUAUUUUUCUACCUCAUUUAUGGGAUGUUUCACGGCAGCUCUUGACAAGUCGUCCAAACCAAAUAAAACUUGGUUUAUUUACUCAACUGCACAUAGAUGUCAUUAUCAAGGGAAUUCCAUGCUUUCAGGGGAAAUGUUUGUGACUCAGUCACAUACUAGAACUGGUUCACUGGAAAAUUCAGGACAUCUUAGCCAUAAGUAACCAUCUAGACAUUUUUCCUGACAAAUAUUUUCAGGUGCUUAAAAUACAAACUAGAAGUACAUUUUUACAGUGUUGUGCAAGCUAUUUCAUACCAGUUAACACAAGUGUCCUAUUAGAUUUCAUUGAAUGGGUUUCACUAUAAAUUUUGAGAUAAAAAUGUGAAUUUAUAUGGGAUACAAAUGUUCAUUUGUUAUAAAGUCUUUGUUAAACGCAUUCUAAUUGACUGAGGGAGACCCCAUACUAAUGAAGAAAUUAUGGCAAUUUGCAGCACUGAAAGGGUGCAAUUUAAAAUUUCAAGUACUCUAAACUUUUUCAUUUUCAAAGCUGCAGCAAAUAUCAGUAUAUUGGACAUGAGAAGCAAACAAAUCUUAAAAUGAAGUGAAAUAUGACAAAAAAAUAAAAUUAUUUAUAUUUAAUAC